AUGGAAUGUGCCGCGAAUAACGGCCAUUUCAAUUGUGUCCGGUGGUUACAUGAGAAUAGUGCAGGUAAAGUUACGUACAGUGCAAUGGAUAAUGCAGCGAGCUUCGGUGAUCUGGAAUGUGUGAAAUUUCUACAUCAAAACAGAACAAAAGGUAGUAGUUGUGAAGCUAUGGAUAGAGCUGCUACUUGCGGUCAUUUCGAUGUUUUAGUUUGGUUGAAUGAGAAUCGUACCGAAAGAUUCACGCCUGGUGUAGGAACACUCUCUGAUGUAAUUGAAAACACAGGACAGCAAGAAAUCUUUGAAUGGCUGUACAAUCAUCAAGAAUUGGAUUCAGAAGAUUUCCAACAAAUAAUAGAGCUCUCUGUGUGUAUUGGUACAAAUGAUAUCUUCAAAUUUCUUCAUUCGCAAAACAGAGAGUAUGAUGGAAAAGAUUUCAUUGAGCAUGCGACUAAAAAUAGUGAUCUAGUGAUGGGAAAUUCCUCUAUGAAAAUGGAAUAG